AUGUUUAAAGACUUUUUCAUCAAAGUAAAGCACCCAGAGCAACCUGAAAUUCGCAUCAUCUGGUCAAGAGUUUACGUUAACAGUGAUCCAACUGUUUACGAACGUUUAAAAUCCGAUACCAGAAGAGUGUUCAAACUGAGCAAUGAUUACGAAUUUCACUUUAGCUUGACAGACAAAGAUGGCGAUGUGGUUGCAAUCACCGAAACGAUUGAAUUGCUGAAUUACAUGCUUGGAAAAGACGCAGACGAUAGACUCAAACUCACCAUCCUUCCUGCAAACAAGAACGACCAACAGCAGCAAUCGCAGCAACAGCAGCUCCAAUCUCAACCUCAACCACAACAAAGUACGAACCAAACGCAUGCUUUUCAAACUGAUUUUUCUGAUUCAAUUCAAACCAUGAUGAAACAUUUAGAGCUUGGCAUGAAUCAACUUCAAACUACAGUCAAAACGGUAGAUAGUGUUGUAAAGACAGCAGCCGAAACCGCAGCUCAUGUCUAUCGAUCACUCUUACCACAGCCCAGUCUCUCCGAGAAGCCACAAUUUGAUGUUAUCUGUGAUGGAUGUUAUUCUCCUAUAAGAGGUCAACGCUAUCACUGUGAAACAUGUGAUGACUAUGAUUUAUGCAGUAUUUGUAAAUGUCGUGUGAACCAUGAUCCAGCACAUAAGUUCCGACUAGAAGACAAGCAUGUCAAUCAGUUUAGGUGCAUUGCAGGAGAGCAAGGGCAAGAGGCAAUGGAAGGUGCUGCGUCUGUUGAAAGCAAUCAGCCACCCCAAACUGUGUUUGUAUGUGAUUACUGUGAUUCUGACAUUGUGGGCAUCCGACAUACAUGUGGAGCAUGUCCUGAUUUUGAUUUAUGCCAUGCUUGCUUUUCUAUUGUCAAGGAGAACCAUCCUCAGGAUCACAUUUUCGUUACUAGGCUCGUAGGUACACAGGCUUCCAGAGACAAAAGUACAACGAGACCAACAAGGAAGCAAAAACAAACAAGGCCCUAUUAUACCACCCAAGCCGACAGCAAUGUUUCUGCCUCAGCAUCCUCAUCAUCCACAUCAGCUGACAACUCUAUUCCCGCCGCUCCUAUUCGACAUCUCGGCGUUGAAUGUGAUCAUUGCCAAGCCAAUAUUGAAGGCAUUCGAUACAAGUGUGGCCAUUGUACAAACUAUGACUUGUGUGAAGCCUGUGAGCACCAAGCUGCUUCCAUCCACGACAAGACACAUGCUUUCAUCAAAAUCAGAUACCCCAUUCAAAGCAUUGUAAGGAAGCCCUUGUUACCCAAGUUCAAAGAGUUGAGCGACACCUCUAAAUCAACCGUGCAAGAAAUGAUACACAGUAUCAAUGAAAAGAGCCCUUGCAUCAUAUCAAAGCCGGAAGAAAUCAUCAAUACCAUUUCAGCUGCAUCGUCAACAUCCUCUUUGACAGCUACUGCUGCUACUACUAGUGUUGCUGUUGCAACUGUUGCUGCUUCUUCCACUACAUUGCCCAUCUCUGAACCAACGCCAAAUACGGCCAUCGACGCUUCAUUUGUAUCUGAUCUGAAUAUCCCAGAUGGCACUAUCGUUGUGCCUAGGAAGACGUUCAUCAAAAUGUGGAAACUCAAGAACACCGGCAACGUGGACUGGCCAUUGGGUUCGCAUUUGCUGUUCAACGGUGGCUCCAUUUUAAGGCCAUAUCCUAUCUCUCGCCCGGAUUGUUUUGCUGUGCCUGUUAUUUCGCCCGAUGAAGAAACCUGUGUUACUGCAGAGCUCCAAGCACCUGAUUCCCCAGGACACUAUACUAGCUUCUUUUGUCUGUGCACGCCAGAUGGCAAGCGAUUUGGUGACAACAUUUGGUGCACUAUCAAAGUGGAUGAAGAUCUUGAACCUGAGAAAGGUGGCGAAUCAAAGUCUGCUGAAUCCAUGUCUGUCUCUUCUGUUGCUGCUACCAUUAUGAUGAAUUCAGGCAGUAACAUGAUUUACCCUACGAUAUCUACCUUGUCCUCGGUCCACGGCUCGCAAGACCAACAACGAGAGCACUCUAAGGCAGACGAUGAAUAUGCGCAUGUAAAUUACAGUGACGAUAUUUAUUCAGAGGCUACGACCAAUGACAAUGCAUCCACCUUGGCAUCACAUACUACCCGAACUUACACAGACAGUCAAGUAAGUAGUCCUUCUCCUUCUGAACUGGACAUUGGAGAGCGAGCACACAAUAUAUUUUAUGAUUAUGGCUAUGAAGACGAUGAAAACAAUGCUACUGACGAUGAGGAUAAGAACGGACACAAACAGGAAUACAUCAGUCGUGCUUACCAUGUGAUCAGCCCCAGUCUUGACGCCACUCAUGCUGGACCUGGCUUCAUUAUAAAUCAUGAGGAUAACGACGAUAUCCAGAAUGUGGAUGUUGAUGAAACAGAAGAUGCGACUAUUACACCGACCGAGAAGAAUGAAGAUGACGACUUUGUGAUUAUUGAGGAGGAUAUCGACGGCGAACAUGAAACUAAGGAACAACUUUCUGCUGGUCAAAACGGCAUGUCCUCGUCCAUCCAUUCUACAAUCACUGUAAUUCCACAGCAGCAGCAGCAGCAGCAACAAGAACGUCCAUCAUUGCAUGAUUCAUUCAUUUAUCGAUCACAGAUUGUGCAAUUGCAUGAAAUGGGAUUUACGGGUUACGAUGACUUGGCUACAAGCUUGUUGAAAUUGCACGAUGGCCAGUUGGACAAAGUAGUGUCUAAGCUUCUUGAAUACCCUUGA